AUGAGCGAUAACCGAAUUCAGAUAAUAUAUGAAGGGAUCAAAAGGAAGAUUAAUGAAUAUGACGCUCUUAAAGCAGACAUGGACAAAUUCUUGGUAGACAUUGAUAAAAGACUAUCUGAGAAGCAAGCACAAUUUUCCCAAGAACAACAUAAUCACAAAAAACUAAGUCUGGAAAUCGAGAGUAUCAAUGGUGGGUUACGCAAAGAUUUGACUUCACUAUCACAAGAGAGAUUGGCAUUACAGCGGAAAAUAGAUGACUCGAUUACAAAAUUAGAAAGUUUGCAGUCAAUGGUUUCAAGCAUGUUGCAAGAAAAGAAUAGACUUCUACAAUUGAAAGAGGAGGCCAAUGCUGAAUUUGAACGAUUGAGUGUGUCUUUAGAAAGAAGAAAAGAAGCACUAAAUUCAUCCGAAGAUGCUUAUGAAGAACGAAUGAUGGGUUUUCUUGGAGACGCGGUGAAGAUGGAAUUAUUCUCCGGUUUGAGACUUGAACCGGUAGGUGAAAAUCGACUACAAUUUAUAUUCUUCAAUCUUGAUCCUAAUGAUUUUGAUCGCAAAUUUUCAAUCAUUGUUAAUGUCGAAGGGGUAAACUAUAGUGUUGAGGAGACUUUGCCUCUGCUUUCACUGGAUUUUGUAGACAAGGCGCUUUUGGAGUUGAAUCAGGAUCAACAAUUGGCGUCGUUUUUGAGAAAAGUUGAGAAUCAGUUCAAGUUACUCAUUUCGCUGCAAGAUUAG